UUAGUGUUUAUUAAAAUUGUCUUGAACGUGCAGUCUGCUCCAGCCUCUUGACAGCCGGGUGUGCGUACUGUUCAUCUGGUGAGGCACCUCCUCUUUCUCCUGUGGAGGAAGGAUACUAUCGGACAGCAUUUUGAAGGCUUUUCUCCACGAUUAAGUUUCCAAAUGCUUCAGUUUCUUGACUGAGAUGUUCUCCUGAGUUCCCAUCUUGACAAAGGCUUUCCUGAAGAUUACUUACCUGACAACACACAAUGGCUUCCAAUAUAAUUGUGGAGCAGCAGUUUUCUCACAAAUUCACAGUGACGGUGGUUCGAGCAGAGAGCGUCACAAAGGGAGCACUGGGUGACCUGUUGGACACCCCAGAUCCAUAUGUGGAGCUGUUCAUCCCAACAGCCCCGGAGAGCAGGAAAAAGACCAAGCAUAUAGACAACAACAUCAACCCAAAAUGGAACGAGACCUUUCAGUUCAUAUUAGACCCAAACCAGAACAACGUCCUGGAGUUAACAUUAAUGGAUGCCAAUUAUGUGAUGGAUGAGACACUUGGGACCGCGACCUAUGACAUCACCAAGCUCAAAGUAGGCCAGAAAAAGAUGGAGUCGUUCCUCAUUGGCAAAGCAACCAAAGUAUACUUAGAAAUGUUGCUGGAGAUCUGUACUAAACUGGAUCUGCGGUUCAGCCAUGCCCUGUGUGACAAGGAGAAGCAAUUCAGACAGACCCGCAGAGAGAGGGUGAUGCUGGGCAUCAAGAAGCUGCUGGACAUGGAGAAGCCUCGAUUCCUCCCUAGCUCUCCAGAGGAGGUUCCAGUUAUAGCCAUAGCGGGCUCAGGAGGCGGUUUCCGUGCCAUGGUUGGCUUCUCAGGUGUGAUGAAAGCCCUGUUUGAGUCUGGGGUCCUGGAUUGUGCCACAUAUGUUGCCGGCCUUUCCGGAUCCACAUGGUACAUGUCCACUAUCUACUCCCACCCAGAGUUUCCAAAUAAGGGCCCGAAGGAUAUAAACCCAGAGCUGAUGGAUAGAGUCAGCAGUAACCCGCUGAAGCUGUUGCUGCCCCAACACAUCACCAACUACAUCCAGGCCUUGUGGGCUAAAAAGGCCUUCGGGCAGCCCGUUACCUUCACUGAUAUCUUCGGUAUGCUCAUAGGAGAGACGCUCAUACCUGCGAGGAUGGACAUCAAACUGAGUAGCAUCCAGGAGAAAAUAAACCAGGCCCAGUGUCCUCUUCCUCUCUUCACAUGUCUGCAUGUCAAGCCAGAUGUUUCUGAACUCAUGUUUGCAGAUUGGGUGGAGUUCAGCCCGUAUGAAAUUGGGAUGGCAAAGUACGGCACCUUCAUGACCCCUGACUUGUUUGGAAGCAAGUUCUUCAUGGGAACCGUCAUAAAGAGAUACGAGGAGAACCCUAUUCAUUUUCUAAUGGGUGUUUGGGGCAGCGCCUUCUCCAUCCUGUUCAACAGAGUGCUGGGAGUCAAAGACACCGUUGGAGGAAGCACCAUGGAGGAGGAAUUAGAGCAGAUCAAACCCCAGCACAUUGUCGGAGUAGACAGUCUGGACAAUGACGACGAGCCACGUAAAGCUGGCACAGAGAACCAAGAGGCAGAAGAUGAGUACCACCGCACCGCUCAGGCUAGCUGGGCUCAUCGAAUGUUCACGUCGUUGUUCAGUGAAUCGUCCUUAUUCAACACAAGAGAGGGCCGGGCUGGGAAGGUGCAUAACUUCAUGCUGGGCCUGAACCUGAACACCAGCACCCCCUUCUCUCCGGACAACGAGGUCACCAGCCAAGCCCUCCCACCUGAGGAGGAGGUGGAUGCUGUCACAGACCCAGAUGAGUUUGAUCGCAUUUACGAGCCUCUGGAUGUGAAGAGCAAGAAGAUCCAUAUAGUGGAUAGCGGCCUCACCUACAACCUCCCCUACCCUCUCAUCCUGCGGCCGGAGCGCGGCGUCAACCUCAUCAUCUCCUUUGACUUUUCUGCACGACCCAGCGACUCCAGCCCCCCAUUCAAGGAGAUCCUUUUGGCAGAAAAGUGGGCUCGGAUGAACAAGCUUCCAUUCCCCAAGAUCGACCCCAAAGUCUUUGACCGCGAGGGCCUGAAGGAAUGCUACGUCUUCAAACCAAAAAAAGGAGAAAAGAACUGCCCGACUGUCAUCCACUUUGUCUUGGUCAACAUCAACUUCAGGACAUUUAAGGCACCUGGUGUACCCAGAGAGACUGAAAAGGAGAAGGACUUGGCUGACUUUGACAUCUUUGACGACCCAGAGUCACCAUUCUCCACUUUUAACUUCCAGUACUCCAACGAGGCCUUCACCCGACUCCACGACCUCAUGGAGUUCAACACUCUAAACAACCUGGAGGUGAUAAAGGAAGCCAUUAAGGACUGCAUCGUGUCCAGGAAGGAGGAUCCCUCGUGCACCACCCUUCCCUUCUCCCUCAGUGCAAUCCCCAAAAAGAAGUUUCUCAAAAGAGCUUCUCUGGCAGAACCCUUUGACUUCCUGGGGAAUAAAAACUAGUAAUCUGAUCCAAGACUUCAGAUACAGCAGACUUUUUUUAUUGUAGAUUCAGUCUUAAAGUAAAGCAUUUUCUUUUUGGAAAAGUCUAUCAAGUUGAUCUCUUUUUGCAUAUUUUCAAUCCUCUAUUUUUCAUAAAGAACCUUAAAGUUUAUACAAGCCCUAUGAUUGCAUUCAUAUACAACACAAUGAGAAUCUUUUUCUAGCUUUGUUCGCCUGUUGGAGUUUAUUGAUCACAGACAGCUGAUCUCCGUUUCUACCUGCUGGUUAUAAAAAACACUUGACACUGAGAAACUAUGCUAUAUCUUAGUUUUUCAUUUGGGAAACAAAUCUCAGUUAUAUAUUUUCAUUUACUUCAUGUGAAUGUUGUACUCCAGUUGCAACAAGCCCAUUCCAUGUGGACACCUUUUGCUCUUGCUUCCGAGAGCAAAUCAUAUUUUACAUCAUUCCUUUGACUUUUUAUGCGGUGAGCUGUGUCUAAAUUAUGCUUGGAGCUGUGUGAAUGCACUGUGUGAAGCCUCACAUGUAACUUUUUUUCAGCUGUAACUGUUUUUCAGCUGAACUCUUUCCAUAUUGACUACCAAACAUGCAAGUCAUUAGGGUUUUUUUUUGUUCACCCAGCAGCUCGUCUUAACAUGUAAUCCUUUUUGAAAACAUAGAAGAGGUGCUCGUAACCAUUGGUUUUGUUUAAUGGCAACUCCUAAGCACGCUAAAUGCACCCCCUCUGGAUACCUCAAACAUCUCAAUGAUGCUUACCCACCUACAGGGAGUGUCUCAUAUUAAAGCCACCAUUAUGGAAAAAACAAACUUGAAGCCAUAGAAACGGCCACGCUUCUUCUCUCCCUCACCCUUUCUCUAUAUCUCUAGGUGUGUUUAUUUUCCUGAUCAUGUUGUUUCAGCUAUAGUUUUUAUCUCGUGCCAUUUCCAAUCAAAAGGUGGCCCUCAGUGGAAUUUAACACACUACACCUACACCUGCAGCAGUGGAGGCCUAAUCUGACACACUACCCCGAUACCUGCAGGGGCCCAAAGGCUGCACACAGAGCAGUGGAAUUUUACACCUAGCACUUUCUAACACGAUAUGCUCAUGUUUCAGCCCUGCUGGUUUGGAGGAAACUGAGAAAACAAUAAGAAAGUAUUUUACAUUCUGUCUGCAGUGAUUCAUGACCCCUGAAACAUGUGUUGGUUUUUUGAGCAGAGAGUUUGUGUCCAUUUCUGCAAGUUCAUGUUUCUGCAGUGAAGUCAUUAUACUUGGGGAAUUGUUUUUUGUUUAUUUGAAACCACUCUAUUUGUCCGUUAUAUAUAGAGGGCCAAAGUCAUGACAACAAGGGCUGGCUUUUGAUAAGCUAUUGAAGCUGAUUCUGAACCUAAAGGCUGGUGUGCAUUUUAGAGCGCAUACUUACAAACAUGGCUGAAGUAAAAAGAAAAGAAGAAGAACAAAGGGGGAAGGUCUAGCUAGGAAGGCUAGUUCUCUCCCCUUGUUUUCAGCCUAAAGGCUAAGCUAAGCUAACCAUAUGUUAGUUCUGGCCUUAAAUGUAAAACACAGAUAUAAAAGUGGUACUGAUCAUGCUAUCUAUGUACAUUCGCAAAAAAAAGAAGCACAUUCCCCAAAUGUUGAACGUUUUUAGACUCAAAGCAACAAAACAAGCAUUUUAUCUGUUAAACUCUGUGAGCUAUGUUUCACUUUUAUUUUUAUUUGUAGAAUCAUUUUAGAAAGCAUAAACAAGCUGUAGCCCUUUAAUUUUUCUGAUAUAUUUUUGUCAUAUUACAUUUUUAUGUUCUUUGGACAAUGUUUACAAAAUGUGCAAGAUGCUAAAUGGUCAAUUUGAUAGUACAAGAUGUGUAGACAAUUACUGUGAUCUUUAACUGUUAAAACUGGCAAAGCAAAACAUACGUAAUGUUUAUGUGUAUUGUAAAAAAAGGACGAUAAUAAAAGACAAAUUGUA